AUGUCUCUAAACAAACGAAUGUCGCCUGGAUACAUCAUUCUCUUAGCAGUGCUCUGUGUGGGAUCAACUUGUGCGAUAACGUGUUAUGACGAUACAAAAGGCGGUAGUCUUACCUCAUGUCCUUCCAACAAUCCUUACUGCCUUUGGAUGUAUGGCCAGAGCAUCGUGAAUGGAUCGUGGGUUGAGAUGAGAAGCUGCUAUGAUCCAGAAAUGCUGGAUUUUUGCAACAACGUAGAUAUACCUGAGGGUUAUCAUGUCAAAAUGCGAUUGCGCAAUGUGGAUGGCUCCCUUUUGACCGUUAUUUGCUGCAAUGAUCACGCUCCCGGAUGUAAUCGUGGUACAUCUCCUGAGAUUCCACAGUCGACGUCUACACGUGGUACAACUCCUAAGAGUGUGCAGUCGACGACUACUAAUGGUAUCAAACCGAUGUCUACUGCAAACGUUCUACUGCAUCUUAUAUGUUUUGCCUCAUUACUGCUCAUUUCAAAUACUCAUUUUUGA